AACACAAUUUCCAAUUUCUUUUGAGUCAACCUUAAUCCACCGUUCAGCCCCCAUUUCUCGUCGAAGCGACAUUCCAUGGCCGCCCAACGAAGAUGGAACCAGGCCUUUCCUCAUCGCCUCACUCUCCGCUCUACACCUCCCUACUCGUCGCCGGCCCCCGCAUCCGUCCCCUUACCCAAAUCCACGCCCGCAUCGUUAUUUCCACCCUCCACCGAAACCGUUCCCUCCUCACAAAACUCCUCACCCUCAUCAUCUCCGCCGGCUACCCUCUCUACGCCAACCGUCUCCUCCCCUCCGUUCCUAACCCUGACGCCUUCCUCUUUGACUCCAUCAUCCGUGCCUCCUCUCGCUCAACCCUGCCUCUCCAUUCUCUCCAUUUCUAUCUCCUAAUGCUCUCCUCCUCCCUUCGCCCUUCCAAUUACACUUUCACUUCCCUCCUCAAAACCUGCGCUGAUCUCUCCGCCUCCGACCUCGGCCGAAUCCUUCAUUCCCAUGUUCUUGCCGCCGGCUUUGGCCUCGACCGCUUUGUUCAAACCUCCCUGGUCGUUCUCUACUCUAAAGCCGGUAACUUGAUCAUUGCACGCAAGGUGUUUAAUAGAAUGCCUGAUAAAAGUGUAGUGGUAUGGAAUGCAUUGAUCUCUGGUUAUGAGCAGAAUGGACGUGCUGGUGAGGCGAUUGAAUUGUUUUAUUUGAUGCGGAAGAAAGGGAUAGAGCCGGAUGAUGCUACUCUAGCUAUCCUUCUUUCUGCUUGUUCCCAAGUUGGGGACUUGGCUUUGGGGAAGUGGCUUCAUGAGCAUUACAUCCAAGGAAAAAAUCUUCGUCUUGGUUUGGUUCUCGGAUCUUCUUUGUUAAACAUGUACGCUCGAUGCGGCCAAGUGGCAAAGGCUCGAGAAAUAUUUGAUGGACUCGAAGAACAAAAUGCGGUUUCAUGGACCGCAAUGAUUGCCGGCUACGGAAUGCAUGGAUUUGCGGAGCAAGCAAUGGAGCUUUUCGAAAGAAUGCAGCUUUAUGGCCCUCCACCAAACCUUGUCACCUUCGUGGCUGUUCUGUCCGCCUGCGCUCAUGGAGGGAUGGUCCAACAAGGCCGGGAGGCUUUCGACUCCAUGAAAUUUGAUUAUAAUUUUAUUCCAAGAGCUGAACAUCAUGUCUGCAUGGUUGAUCUCUAUGGCAGAGCUGGCCUGCUUGAUGAAGCUAUGAAAUUCAUAAGGGAUCAAAUAACUGGAGAGCCUGAAGCUGCAGUUUGGACUGCAUUGCUUGGUGCUUGCAAAAUGCACAAAAAUUUCAACAGGGCUGCUGAAAUCGCCACAAAGCUUCUGGCUUUAGAGCCUGAGAAUCCAAGCCACCAUGUUCUUCUUUCAAAUAUUCAUGCUUUGGCAGGGAAGAUGGAGAAAGUGGAAGAGAUUAGAGAUUUCAUGAUUUCCAGAGGUUGGAGGAAGAAGACUGGAUAUAGCUUGAUAGAGAUCAAUAAUGUACCCUAUAUGUUUAGAAUGGGGGAUACAUCAAACCUGAAAACGGUCGAAAUCUAUCGAUAUCUGGAGGAGUUGAUUUGCAGAAUAAGGGAAGUAGGAUAUGAGCCGAUGACUGAUUCUGUUCUUCAUGAAUUGGAGGAAGAGGAGAGGGAGGUUGCGCUUAGAUUUCAUAGUGAGAAGCUGGCUGUUGCUUUCGGCCUGUUGAGUACUGGUGCAGGGAGUUUGAUUAAGGUUGUAAAGAAUCUGCGCAUAUGUGGUGAUUGCCAUUUGGCUAUCAAGUUUAUUUCUGGAGUAACUGGUAGGGAAAUUGUUGUUAGAGAUAAACACAGGUUCCAUCAUUUUAGAUAUGGGCUCUGCUCUUGCCAGGAUUACUGGUAAUUAUCUCUUAUGAUUGUUUAUUUUGAUGUUUUGUUAGUGUAGCCAAGCAUGAGAUUCUAGGAUGCUUUGAUAUGCAAUUUUUGGGGUGAAAAAAUUGAUUGGAAAUUAUAGUUCUGUAAACAUUUUUCUUGCAUUAUUCUUCUUUUAUGUUUU